AGAGCGCCCCCAGUGGUGUAGUGUGUACGACAGGAAGCCAGCAGCAGCAGAGCCGCACUGGAUCUAAACACGCAUAGCGGGGUGCAGUUGGAAGCCCUGACCAUUUUUAGACGAAUCGAAGCCGCUACAUGACAAACAAAAAAUGCAGCUAAAGGAAGCCGGCGUUGGAUCUUCAGAUUCCUGAAGCGCUCCCGCUUGCCUGUUUUGCCUCCUCAUUCAUCGUUGUUGGCGGUUCAAUGAGCGCAGACAGUCACACCGCUAAACUACAGGGCUCUGACUAGAAAUAGUCGCACUCGCCCAUUUAAGCCGAAAGACUACGGAAAAGGCAGCUUAAAGAGGCUGGGGAAACGUUUCUGGUGUCCUAUGUUGAUCCGUUUGGUUCCUAAGCCAAGCCUCUAAGCUCAGCGAUUUUGCCAGGGCAGGUGAAAAGGCGGAGGAGCUCGGACAUGAGCUCCCCACACACACAGCGAGAGGACACGAAUAAAAAAACAUCAUGUUUUUCUAACAUCAAAAUAUUUCUAGUGUCGGAAUGUGCACUGAUGCUGGCGCAGGGGACAGUCGGCGCGUACUUGGUGAGUGUCCUGACUACGCUGGAGCGCCGCUUUAACCUGCAGAGUGCUGACGUGGGUGUGAUUGCCAGCAGCUUUGAGAUUGGCAACCUGGCGCUCAUACUGUUUGUCAGCUAUUUUGGCGCCAGGGCUCACCGACCACGUCUGAUCGGCUGUGGUGGAAUUGUCAUGGCAUUGGGUGCGCUUCUAUCUGCACUGCCUGAGUUUCUCACCAACCAGUAUGAGUACAAAAGCACUGAAGUGUGGCGGAAGGAGCCAGGACGGGACAUGUGCUCCAAUGUGUCAAGGAGAGAUGUGGAAGAUGGUGGCCUAUGCAGCAACAAAGCCAACACCAACAUGAUGUACCUGCUGCUGAUUGGUGCCCAAGUGCUACUGGGAAUUGGAGCGACCCCCGUACAGCCUCUGGGAGUGUCCUAUAUAGAUGACCAUGUGAGGAAAAAAGACUCUUCCCUUUAUAUUGGUAUAUUAUUCUCAACCUUGGUUUUUGGACCUGCUUGUGGCUUCAUCCUUGGUUCAGUCUGCACCAAAUUCUAUGUGGAUGCUGUCUUUGUUGACACCACCAAGCUGGACAUCACCCCGGAUGACCCUCGCUGGAUCGGAGCCUGGUGGGGAGGCUUCCUCCUCUGUGGGGCUUUACUUUUUUUCUCCGCUAUCUUCAUGUUUGGUUUCCCCUCAUCUCUGUCAGAGCGAUAUGGGAACAGCAGGACAGAAAGUGACCAGCCCAUGCUGCCUGCAUCUCAGAGUUAUGAGCAUCCAAAGCCAAGUAAUGGUGUCCUGCACAACCAUCAACCUGACAGCUCCUGCUGUGAUCAGCUUCGAGUUAUUCCCAAGGUGACUAAACACCUGCUGUCUAACCCGGUGUUCACCUGUAUUGUCCUUGCUGCAUGUAUGGAGAUUGCUGUAGUUGCUGGUUUUGCUGCCUUCUUGGGCAAGUACUUGGAGCAGCAGUUUAAUCUUACUACCACCUCGGCCAAUCAGCUUCUGGGUAUGACAGCCAUCCCAUGUGCAUGUCUGGGGAUUUUUAUGGGCGGUCUUUUGGUGAAGAAGCUGAAUCUGUGUGCUCUGGGUGCUGUUCGGAUGGCCAUGUUGGUCAACCUGAUUUCCACCGCCUGCUAUGUGUCUUUCCUCUUCCUUGGCUGUGACACAGGCCCUGUUGCUGGUGUGACCGUCGCCUAUGGCAAUGAAACACUGCAGCCAGGCCAAACACCAGAAGCUCCAUGCAUUAGUAACUGUAACUGCUACACAUCAUCGGUUAGCCCUGUUUGUGGCUCUAACGGAAUCACGUACCUGUCCUCCUGCUUCGCUGGCUGCAUCAAAUCCAAUAGCACUGGAGUGCUUCCUCGACUGGCUCAGCCCAUGCAGAACCUGACAGGGUGUGCAUGCAUUUCUGGUGAUGGCAUUCCCUCCACAGUUGUGCCAGGCAAAUGCCCAAGUCCUGGGUGCCAGGAGGCUUUCCUCAUUUUCCUGUGUGUGAUCUGUGCCUGCAGCAUGAUAGGAGCCAUGGCUCAGACACCCUCAGUUAUCAUCCUCAUCAGGACAGUCAGCCCAGAGUUGAAAUCUUAUGCACUUGGCGUUCUGUUUCUCUUAUUGCGACUACUGGGAUUCAUCCCACCUCCUUUGAUCUUUGGUGUGGGGAUCGAUUCCACCUGCCUGUUCUGGAGCAGCGAGUGCAACACAAAGGGUGCCUGCAUGCUAUAUGACAACGUGGCCUAUCGCCACCUCUAUGUGAGCUUAGCCAUUGUGCUAAAAAUAAUUGCCUUCCUGCUUUACAGCACCACAUGGCAGUGUUUACGCUGCAACUACAAGAAGUACAUCAAGAAUAAUGAGGUGUAUGUGACAUCCACUGAAAUUUUCUCUUCUGAUAUUAAUUUGGAUAGCUUGGGCAAAGACAUUAACAGGACAAAAUUUAUAUACAACCUGGAAGAUCAUGAGUGGUGUGAAAACAUGGAAUCUGUUUUAUAGUGGCUGGUACUUGUUAAUGCAUAAAUAUGCAUCUUCUGAAGGAUCACAUUGGUUGUUUAUUAAUUUUUUUCAAGGAUAGCAUUUGAUUUCCUCCUUCUAUGGUGAUGUGUUUAAGGUGUCACUGGCCACUUUAGGAGACUGUUGCACUUUUUGAAUUAAUGGUAAUCUUUUUUGGUCCAUUGUGGUUCUUAGAAGAUGCUUCAGAGGAUGUACAUUGUUCAGUUCCAGUGAUGUACAGUCAGGUCCAUAAAUAUUUGGACAUUGACAUGGUUAUUAUUUGUCUACCACAGUAUAUUGAAGUUGAAAUUAAGUAAUGAGAAUGAGUUCAAAAUGCAGAAUUACAGCACUUUUUAUAACUGCCCCCUUUUUAAGGGACAAAAAGUAAUUGCACAAACUAACAAUCAUAAAUUAAAUUGUGAUUUUAAUACUCGGUUGCAAAUUAUUUGCAGUGAAUGACUGCCUGAAGCCUGGAACCCAUCACCAGAUGCUGGGUUUCUUCCCUACUGAUGCUCUGCCAGGCCUUUACAGCAACCGUUUUCAGCUCCUGCUUGUUCUUGGGGCAUAUGAUGCAUUUGGCUGAAUCGGAGCAGAUAAUAUUCCCUAUAUACAACAGAAUGCAUCCUGCUGUUUUUGUCAGCUGUCACAUCAAUAAAUACCAGUUCCACUGGCAGCCACACAUGCCCAUGCCAUAAGAUGAGGUCAUAUGCUUUGGAUCAUGAGCAGUUCCUUCCCUUCUCCAAAUAUUUCUCUUCCCAUCAUUGUGGUUCACAUUGAUCUUUGUCUCAUCUAUCUAUAGUAUAUUGUUCCAGAACUGUACAGGCUUUUGUUUAGAUUUUUUGGGGAAAACUUUAAUCUGAUCUUCCUGGUUUUGAGGUUUACCAAUGGUUUACAUCUUGUGGUAAACCCUCUGUAUUCACUCUGGUGAAGACUUCUCUUGAUUUUUGACUUUGACACAGAUACGCCUACCUCCUGGAGGGUGUUCUUCAUCUGGACAACUGGUGUGAAGAGGUUUUUCUUCACUAUGGAUAGAAUUCUUCUGUUAUUCACCAAGUUGUUUUCCAUGCCUUUUGGUGUUCAAGAGCUCACCAGUAUGUUCUUUUUAAGAAUGUACCAAAUAGUUGAUUUGGCCGCAUCUACUGUUUUUGCUAUCUCUGAUUGGUUUGUUUUGAUUUUUUAGUCUAAUGAUUGCUUGCUUCACUGGCAGUGACAGCUCUUUGGACUUAAUAUUGAGAAUUAACAGCAAUAGAUUCCAAAUGCCCAUCAACCCUAGACCUUUUAUCUGCUUACUAAGUGAAAUAAUGAGGGGAAAAGUAAUACAAUAUAAUAAUAUAAUACCUGGACUUGGAACAGCUGAGCAGCCAAUUGUCCAGUUACUUCUGGUCCCUUAAAAAGAUAGGGACCACAAGUGCUGUAAUUCCUACACCGCUCACCCGAUUUGGAUGUAGGUACCCUGAAAUUAAAGCUGAAAGUUUGCACAUUGAUAAUAUUGAUAUUAACACAUUGCUAAUCAUUAUUUAAAUUCAACUCCAAUAUACUAUGGUAGACACCUAAAAUACCAAUAUCUUUGUCAGUGUCCAAAUAUUUAUGGCCCUGACUGUAUGUUAUAGUUGGUAGUUGAAGACAGCUGCUGUAUAACUACAAACUAGGCUGGUAAUAACCUUGACUUAGAUCAGUUUUCCAUACUAAGUUUCAAUAAGUAUACCAUAAUUUUAUUUUUCUCAGUUUGUAUGAAGAAGUCACAUGAAACUAUUUAACAGAGCAGUUAGGUUGAUAACCUGAAUAAAAACUGAAAUAGCAAUAAAAAAUAGCUAUAUAUAUAUAUAUAUAUAUAUAUAUAUAUAUAUAUAUAUAUAUAUAUAUAUAUAUAUAUAUAUAUAUCUCAAAAAAAUUAAAGGAACACUUUUUAAUCAGAGUUAUAGCAUCAAGUCAGUUAAACUCCUGGGAUAUUGAUCUGGUCAGUUAAGUAGCAGAGGGGGUUGUUAAUCAGUUUCAGCUGCUUUAGUGUUAAUGAAAUUAACAACAGGUGCACUAGAUGGGCAACAAUGAGACAACCCCCAAAACAGGAAUGGUUUUACAGGUGGAGGCCACUGACAUUUUUUUCCCUACUCAUCUUUUCUGACUGUUUUUCACUAGUUUUGCAUUUGGCUACAGAGGUUGCACAGGCAGUCCAACUCCUCCAGGAUGGCACAUCAAUACGUGCCAUUGCCAGAAGGUUUGCUGUGUCUCCCAGCACAGUCUCAAGAGCAUGGAGGAGAUUCCAGGAGACAGGCAUUUACUCUAGGAGAGCUGGACAGGGCCGUGGAAAAUGGUCCUUAACCCAUCAGCAGGACCGGUAUCUGCUCCUUUGUGCAAGGAGGAACAGGAUGAGCACUGCCAGAGCCCUACAAAAUGACCUCCAGCAGGCUACUGGUGUAAAUGUCUGACCAAACAAUCAGAAACAGACUUCAUGAGGGCGGCCUGAGGGCCCAAUGUCCUCUAGUGGGCCACAUGCUCACUGUCCGGCACCAUGGAGCUCGAUUGGCAUUUGCCAUUGAACACCAGAAUUGGCAGGUCCGCCACUGGUGCCCUGUGCUUUUCACAGAUGAGAGCAGGUUCACCCAGAGCACGUGACAGACGUGAAAGGGUCUGGAGAAGCCGUGGAGAAUGUUAUACUGCCUGUAACAUCGUUCAGCAUGACCGGUUUGGUGGUGGGUCAGUGAUGGUCUGGGGAGGCAUAUCCAUGGAGGGACGCACAGACCUCUACAGGCUAGACAAUGGCACCCUGACUGCCAUUAGGUAUCGGGAUGAAAUCCUUGGACCCAUUGUCAGACCCUAUGCUGGUGCAGUGGGUCCUGGGUUCCUCCUGGUGCACGACAAUGCCCGGCCUCAUGUGGCGAGAGUAUGCAAGCAGUUCCUGGAGGAUGAAGGAAUUGAUACCACUGAAUGGCCCCGACGCUCGCCUGACCUAAAUCCAAUAGAAUACCUCUGGGACAUUACGUUUCGGUCCAUCCGACGCUGCCAGGUUGCACCUCAGACUGUCCAGGAGCUCAGUACUGCCCUGGUCCAGAUCUGGGAGGAAAUACCCCAGGACACCAUCUGUCGUUUCAUUAGGAGCAUGCCCCGACGUUGUCAGGCAUACAUACAAGCACGUGGGGGCCAUACAAACUACUGAGUUCCAUUUUGAGUUGCUGCAUUGAAAUUUCAGCAAAAUGGACUAGCUUGCUGCAUCAUUUUUUCACUUUGAUUUUCGGGGUGUCUUUGAAUUCAGGCCUCUGUAGGUUGAUAAUUUUCAUUUCCAUCAAAUGAUGUGGCAUCCUUUCGUUCCUAACACAUUACCCAGUCCAUAUCAGUAUAGAUAUCCAGCAUGAUAUUUUUCCCCUUUGAGAUAUGAUGUGUUUUCAAAGUGUUCCUUUAAUUUUUUUGAGCAGUGUGUGUGUAUAUAUAUAUAUAUAUAUAUAUAUAUAUAUAUAUAUAUAUACACGUAUAUAUGCCAACAUUAUCUUAUUAACAUUGUGGCCAAGAUACAGAUACAUGUUUAGAAACUUACUUUGCUGCUCCAAAUUUAUAUCUGGUUUUAUAGUUGUGUUUUAUUAUGCCAAUAUUGGUCUUUUUUCAGUGUUGUUUUAGCUACAUUCAAAUCGUGUAAGAUGUUGUUUUCCAAGGAGGUUGUCUGAUGGUGAUUGUUUUCAAUGUUAUGUUAUCAUGCAUAGUUAAGAACAAAAUUUCAUGAGGUAAUUGAAACAGAAGUUCUAUAUCUACAUCAUAUUCUACAUCAUCUACAUAUUCAAAAGGGCGUAUUCAAAAAGACAGUGAAUUUUAAUCUCAAUAAUAAUGAAAUCAUUAUUUAUUAUUAAUUCUUUUGUUAGUGUGAUUUGUUUUGUGUGUAAAAUCGUUAUCUUGUUUAAAUUUUUUAUGUCCUUUCUUCAACCAGAAAGAAAUGUCAACCAACCAAACUCUAGAAACCCAAAAUCUUGAAUGCUGCCAGCUCCUUUUUGUUUUUUGUCUGACCUCUAAUCCAACAGCCCAACUACAGCGACAACUACAGUGAAUAUAAAAAGUUUACACACCCCUUAAAAUUGCAGGUUUUUGUGAUGUAGAAAAUGAAACCAAGAUAAGUCAUGUCAGAAAAUUUUCCAUCUUUAAUGUGAUAUAGCAACUAUCAAAAUUCUAGUGAAAAACAAAUAGAAAAAUUUUAGGGAAAAAAAGAGAAAAGAAAGAACUUAGAAUAACCUGGUUGCAUAAGUGUGCACACCCUUUUAUAAUUGCCCAUGUGACUGUGCAAGGAAUUAAACAAUCAAAUUCAAACUCAUGUACAAAAGAAAUUAUCAUACACCUGUGAUCAAUAAAGUGAUUCUGAUCAAUGCCAAAUAAAGAUCAGCUUUUUCUGUAGGA